GUUGCCUGGGAGCUGUGCAGGGGCCUUAGGGGAACUGCGGCGGCUGCGCAGAGGAGUGAGGCGCUGCUGGGGUCGGGGGUGAGCGACGGCGCUGGGGGCUUCGGGGAGCGCCGCGCAGGCAGUGCAGUUCCCAGCCGGGAGGCCCCGCCGCCAUUGCUGCCACGCUCGGUGAGCGCAGCCCGGCUCGCCGAGCAGGAUCUCAGCGGGCCAUCAGCACGAUGGGCCAGUGCGGCAUCACCUCCUCCAAGACUGUGCUAGUCUUUCUCAACCUCAUCUUCUGGGGAGCAGCAGGCAUUCUGUGCUACGUAGGCGCUUAUGUCUUCAUCACUUACGAUGAUUAUGACCACUUCUUUGAAGAUGUGUACACUCUCAUCCCAGCCGUAGUGAUCAUAGCGGUUGGAGCCCUGCUUUUCAUUAUUGGGCUAAUUGGCUGCUGCGCCACAAUCCGGGAAAGCCGCUGCGGACUAGCCACGUUUGUCAUCAUCCUACUCUUGGUUUUUGUCACAGAAGUUGUGGUAGUGGUUCUGGGAUACGUUUACAGAGCAAAGGUUGAAAAUGAAGUUGAUCGCAGAAUCCAGAAGGUGUAUAAGACCUAUAAUGGAACCAAUCCUGAUGCUGCUAGUCGGGCCAUUGACUAUGUUCAGAGACAGCUGCACUGUUGCGGAAUUCACAACUACUCAGACUGGGAAAAUACAGACUGGUUCAAAGAAACCAAAAACCAGAGUGUCCCCCUUAGCUGCUGCAGAGAGACCGCCAGCAGCUGCAAUGGCAGUUUGGCCCACCCCUCUGAUCUGUACGCUGAGGGGUGUGAGGCUUUAGUUGUGAAGAAGCUACAAGAAAUUAUGAUGCACGUUAUCUGGGCAGCACUGGCAUUUGCAGCUAUUCAGCUGCUGGGCAUGCUGUGUGCAUGCAUCGUGUUGUGCAGAAGGAGUAGAGAUCCUGCCUACGAGCUCCUCAUCACAGGUGGAACAUAUGCGUAGUAGCAGACUCCCAAAUUCAAACCUGAGCUUUUUAGUCUUGUUCUGAUUUGGAAGGUGAAUUGAGCAGGUCUGCUCCUGUUGGCCUCCUGAGUUGUUUUCGUUAAAGCACACGUACACUGGUGUUGGACAGAGUGACUUGGCUCCUCAUUUACCCGCCUACCUACCCACCCACUUAGGACUUUGUGUUCUCCUGCCCUAGCUGAUUCUCCAUGUCCUGAAGUUUUAAAAUAUGGUGGUAAAUGUUCUAAUUUCAGAACCAUUUGCGAGUUGUGUAGUGUGGUAGAAUGAAAGGAGGGUGCGGGCCUGCUUUUGUUACCUCCAAGCAUUAAUGAAUUCUGGAGUAUCACCAGAUUUUUUCAGUCUUCACAAUGUAGAAUUCUUGGCCAAAGGUUUGGGGAGGGACAGGGAAGAAGCCAUCUGUCUGGUUAUAGUUAAUACCAGAUGGUGUCCCCCCAUCAGUGUCCUUUUAAAAAAAUAUAUACUGUAGUCCAAUAAGAUAGCAAUUGUACAAAAAAAAGCUGAAAUAGAUUUUAGAAUCAUAUGGUAUAUAUCUUGGUUCAUCUUCAAAAUCAGAGACUGCUCUUUGAAGCUAGUGGUUUUUAAUCAAAGCUGACUUUAUAGGAGGAGCAUAAUGUAUGCACUACUGUUUUAAAACAAUUAGUGUGAGUGUGUAUAUGUGUGUGUGUUUAUGAUUGAGCCCAUUCAUCAUAAGUCUUAAACUCUUAAACUCAUUUGGAAAUAAUGUACCCACAUAGACUAGCAAAAUAGUAUGUAGAUGUGAUCUCAGUUGUAAAUAGAAAAAUCUAAUUCAAUAAACUCUCUAUCACUCCUUGAUUUGUAGUUUUUCAUUCUUUUGGGGAUACUUGAAUUC